AUGCUCUCUCGCUCUGUUCGCCCGGCCCUGAAGGCUGGCAGCGCUGCCGUCGCUCGCACUGCUCCUUCCAAUGCUGCCAACUUCGCCACUCUCCGUGAAAUCGAGGGUCGUCUCAAGUCUAUCCGCAACAUCGAGAAAAUCACCAACACCAUGAAGGUCAUCGCCUCCACCCGUUUGACCCGUGCUCAGAAGGCCAUGGAGGAGUCUCGUGUCUACGGAACUACCUCCAACACCGUCUUCGAGUCCGCUGAGACAAAGCCCGAGGAGGACAAGAAGACGCUCUUCGUUGUUGCCAGCUCCGACAAGGGUCUCUGUGGUGGUAUUCACUCUGGUCUCAGCAAGGCUACUCGCCGAUUGUUGGAACAAAACCCCAAUGCCGACGUCGUGGUUCUUGGAGAGAAGGCCAAGGCCCAGCUCAGUCGUUCCAAUGGCCAGAGCAUUGUUCUGAGCUUCUCGCAAGUUUGCAAGGACAUCCCCACCUUCAGCGAUGCGCAGGCCAUUGCCGAUCAGAUUGCCUUGCUUCCUACAACCUACGGCAGCAUCAAGAUCAUCCACAACAAGUUCAUCAACGCUCAGAGCUACGAGCCUACCACCGUGGAUGCUUACUCCGAGGAGGCUAUCACCAACUCCCCCAACAUUUCUGCUUUCGAGGUUGAGGAGGAGGCUCUUGCCAACUUGCGCGAGUACUCUUUGGCCAACAGCAUUUUCUGGGCCUUGGCUGAGGGUUUGGCCUGUGAAAUUUCUGCUCGUCGCAAUGCUAUGGAGAACGCCUCAAAGAACGCCGGCGAGAUGAUCCAGAAGUUCCAAAUUCUGUACAACCGACAGCGUCAAGCCGCCAUUACUGGCGAACUUGUUGAAAUUAUUACUGGUGCUGCCGCCAGCGAAGACCAGUAG